AUGGGGGAUGGAGUGUUGAGGUAUCAAGAGAGAUUGUGUAUUCCAAAUGUUAAUGGCCUUGGAGAGAAAUCCAUGGCAGAAGCCCAUAAUUCCAGGUACUCCAUCUAUCCAGGUGCUACAAAGAUAUACCAUGACUUGAGAGAGAUGGCUCUCUAUAAAGCUCUGUAUGAGAGGAGAUGUAGAUCACUGAUUGGUUGGUUCGAGGUUGGUAAGCCUAAGUUGAUUGGACCAAAAUUGGUCCAUCAAGCUAUGGAGAAAAGGGUUGGUAACAUAGCCUAUAAAUUGGAGUUGCCCCCAGAGUUAGCAGCUAUUCAUCCCGUAUUUCAUAUGUCUAUGCUUAAGAAGUAUUUGGGAGAUCCUUCAAUUGUUGUUCCGAUUGAGAAUAUUGGGGUGAAAGAUAUUUUGAGUUAUGAAGAGAUCCCAGUUCAUACUCUUGAUUGUCAGGUUCAUAAAUUAAGAACCAAAGAUGUAGCAUCUGUCAAAGUUCUAUAG